CCCCCGCCCGCCCCGCCCCCCCUCUGGGCGCCCCCCUCCACCUUGCACCUCCCCGCGGACGACGCCGCGGCUGCCGGGGUGCUCUCGCGUUCAGUCCCCUUGACCGGCUCUCCGCGUCGGGUCGAGUCAAGCAGGGCGUCCCCCGGGCCUCACAGCAGAUCGCGGCGGAGCUGGGGUUGCAGCUGGCGCAGCACGACCGAAAGGGGGCACCGAACCGAGUCGAGACCACUUCACCAGGAGUGCUCUUCUUCUUUAACGUCAACGUUUCGUAAAGAGAGGGCGAGGGCGGCCGGCAUCAUCAUGUACGGGCUGCUGCUGGAGAACAUGUCGGACUACAUCAUCACCAAGUACGGCGCCGAGCGCUGGGAGGAGAUCCGCCGACUGGCCAGCGUGGAACAGCCGUCCUUCAGCGUGCACCAGGUGUACCCCGAGAACCUCAUCCCCCGGCUGUCCAACAGGGCCAUCGAGGUCCUGGGCGUGACGGAGAAGGAGUUCUUCGAGGGCAUGGGCGUGCACUUCGUGGGCUUCGUGAGCCAGUACGGCUACGACCGGGUGCUGUCGGUGCUGGGCCGACACAUGCGCGACUUCCUCAACGGCCUGGACAACCUGCACGAGUACCUCAAGUUCUCGUACCCGCGCAUGCGCGCGCCCAGCUUCAUCUGCGAGAACGAGACACGGCAGGGGCUCACGCUGCACUACCGCUCCAAGCGCCGCGGCUUCGUGUACUACACCAUGGGCCAGAUCAAAGAGGUGGCCCGUCAUUUCUACCGCAAAGAGAUGGGCAUCGAGGUGGUGCGCGAGGAGCUGCUGGUCGACACGGUGCACGUCACCUUCCAGCUCACGUUCGACAACCGCGCCUUCGGGCUCGCCUCGCUCACCAUGACCCGGGAGGAGAAGCACCUCCCCGUCAGCGCCUCGGUGCUCUUCGAGAUCUUCCCCUUCUGCAUCGUGUUUAGCUCCGACAUGGUGGUCCGCAGCAUCGGCAACUCGCUGAUGGUGAUCCUGCCCGACCUGGUGGGCAACAAGAUCACCAACUGGUUCGACCUGGUGCGCCCGCUCGUGGCCUUCCAGUUCCAGAAGAUCCUAAACCGCACCAACAACAUCUUCGAGCUGGUGACCGUGGAGCCCGUGUUGACCGGGAGGCCGUUCGACCGCAACCGCUCCAUGCUGCUCAGCGACGAGUCGGCGUCCGACGGCUCGGCGGAGAAGAACCUGCGGCUCAAAGGCCAGAUGAUCUACAUGGACGACUGGCGCAUGAUGAUGUACCUGGGCACGCCCGUGAUGCCGGACCUCAGCUCGCUCGUGUCCACCGGCCUCUACAUCAACGACCUGCCGAUGCACGACUUCAGCCGCGACCUCAUGCUGGCCGGGACCCAGCAGUCCGUCGAGCUCAAGCUCGCCCUGGACCAGGAGCAGCACAAGUCCAAGAAGUUGGAGGAGUCCAUGCGCCGCCUCGACAUGGAGAUGCGGCGCACGGACGAGCUGCUCUAUCAGAUGAUCCCCAAGGCCGUGGCAGACCGCCUGCGCAACGGCGAGAACCCCAUCGACACCUGUCAGAUGUUCCACAGCGUGUCCAUCCUGUUCGCCGACGUGGUGACGUUCACCGAGAUCUGCUCGCGGCUCAGCCCCAUGGAGGUCGUCUCCAUGCUCAACGGCAUGUACUCCAUCUUCGACACGCUCACGGAGCGCAACCGGGUCUACAAGGUGGAGACCAUCGGGGACGCCUACAUGGUGGUGUCCGGGGCGCCGGAGCGCGAGGACAACCACGCCGAGAAGGUGUGCGACAUGGCCCUGGACAUGCUGGACGCCAUCAAGGGCCUGAAAGACCCGUCCACGGGGUCCCACCUCUGCAUCCGGGUCGGCGUGCACUCGGGCGCCGUGGUGGCCGGCAUCGUCGGUCUCAAGAUGCCGCGCUACUGCCUGUUCGGCGACUCGGUCAACACGGCCUCGCGGAUGGAGUCGACGAGCGAGGCGAUGCGCGUGCACGUGUCCCAGCCCACCCGGGACCUGCUGCCCGCCUGCUACCAGCUGGUGGAGCGCGGGGAGGUGCAGGUCAAGGGGAAGGGGUCCAUGAAGACCUACUGGCUGGAGGGGCGCACGAGCGCGGCCCGGGCGCUGCUUGCCGCCCAGGAGGAGGAGGAGCACGAGGACCUGGAGGAGUCGCUCGACCAGGACGAGGACAGCAGCACCAAGGACCUGGCGCGCGACCUGGAGGACGACCGCUCCGUGUACAGCCCCGUCACCUUCCAGGAGAUUGCCAAGCGGUCGCUGGUGUCGUCGCCCAAGCGGCAGGCAGGUCGCUCGAACUCAACCGGAUCCGUGCAGCCGUUCACCAGUCCCCGGCUCCUGCUCGCCCAGGAAGCCAAGCAGGCCGAGACCCAGUACGUCUCGAUGGCGCCGUGCUCCCCCAGCGGCAGGCUGGUCGGGGUGGCCGUCGGCUCCCUGGCCACGGGGACUCCGGCGGCUGUUGCCCUGGGAUCGGGCGCCCACCACCGCCCGUCCUGGAACCCGCCGCUGCAGAUCACAUCCCCGCCGACGUCCCCGUCGUCGAAGAGCUCCUCCCAGCGGGGGUCUCUUGGCAGCCUGGGUAACCUAGGCUCCGUGGGCGUGAUGGCGGGCACCGCGCUCGCACCCAAGUUCACUCGCAGGGGGUCCCUAAGCGUGCACUGCACGCCCAAGACGGUGGAGGAGGCCACCUCGGUGUUCCAGUGGGGGCACCCGUCAGAGGGCGACCCGUACGGCAUGAAGGUGCGACCCGGGAGCCGGCGGGCGUCAGUCACCUCCAGCAGCAUGGUCGGCGUGGCCCCGCGGCCGUCCACGCCGCUGCCCUCGUCGCCCGCGCCCUCGCCGCCGUCGACCCCUAGCGCCCCGGACACGCCGCCGGCGCCGCCCCCUCCGCCCCCGGUGGAGGUGCGCGCGCUCGUUAGCAGCGGCACGCAGGCUGGCCCCACCACGGCCUGCACCGCCACCUCCCCGCUCAUGGCCACCAAGGUGAUGGCCCUGCAGGAGCCGGACUGGUUCCCACUGCCCUCCACCGCCGAGCCGCCCCGUGACCUCCACUGCUAUCCGGCGCCGGCCAGCGACACGUCGGGGACAUCAGCGGCGUUCGCGAGGUGCUCGCCAGAGGACCGGGCGGCCAGUCAAAGCCCGGGUCCGCGUCGAGGGCUAGCCGCGAGCACGGCCACGACGCGCUCCCUGGAGGUCCUGGACAUCCCGCAGGACGGCGGCGUGCAGCAGGGCGAGCCCUGCCGGCGGCGCGCGCUGCACCACCAGCACCGCCCCGGACGGCCUCGGCAGCGGAUGACGCGCAGUCAGUCACACCACCAGCACUUCCACCAGCACCACCACCACCACCACGGCUGCGGCCCCUCUGGCCCCGUCACCCCCGCUGGCGCCGGCGCCGGCCUCGCCCCCGCCCCGCGCCAGGCCGCCCCCCGCCGCUCCAAGAGCACCGGCUGCGCCGUCACGUAGAGGAGGGGCCCUCGCGAGGGGAGAUCAGCCCAGUGCGUGUGCAAGGUGCACAUGGGGCUCCCCAGCCAGAGAGUAUAUUCUACUCGACGUCGAUUAGACUUCUCAUAGAUGAUGUCUAUUUUUGGACCAUUUAGUUAGACGUCUAUGUAGACGUAUUGACCUCUUCAAAGCGUCUGGUCGGCGUGGAGUAUAAUAGAUUAAGCGUUUCUGGCUGGGUCAUCCGGUUCCAUGGCAAACUGCGACCAGAAGCGUACCAUAAGCUUCAGCCACUCUCCCCUUCAAGUCUGUUGGUGGUGGUUAAGGAGACCGUGUGGGAGCAACCCCCUCCCCCUCGUGCGCAGAGCCUAACUACAGAGACCUUAUAGUCUCUCUAAGCCUAACAGGCAGUGGGUCUGCAAAAGUGAGGCGAAGUCGUGAGGUUCACGUCGCGCCAAGCAGGGCAUGUGAUUGGUUGCUGGUGCAGGCUGCAUGGAACUGGAUGGUUAACGCCCGCAUAUAGUCUAGAGAGGUCGGAAACGUAGUGUUACCAAAAGAUAAAUUAUCUUGGUACAUGCCAAAACAUUAGAAUAAGAUGUAUGAUGAUGUUUUGGCAUAUUCUUCCCUUUGUUCCCUACAGAAAAAAAAUAAUAUCCAUUAAAUUUAGCUUGCCAUGAUGAACUCACAGAUCAAUGCAUGGGCCAAUAAUGAACCCAAACAGGCCACUUGUCCACAUUUCAACGGAACACCCUGUUGAGAUUUUCUUCAGAGCCAUUAUCGGCUGUAGCGUCACUAUUGCUCUUAAUAAAAUGAAAAUAGUUCUAAAUGAAGCCACUAAGACUUCGUUAAUUAUUUCUUAUCACUGGAUAUUCAUUCAAUCAUUCGGAAAUCAAUAAUACAGUCUGCAAUACUUGGUAGAUUAAAAAGAUUUUAUUAAGUGAAUGACAAUUUGAAAUGAGCAACAAAAUGAAACAUUGGUUAAUACUUGACAGCAGAAAUAUAUAUGAUGUGGUGCACAUCUUUCAGGCAAGAAGAAACAUGGAACUCACAAUUUUAAAAAGCAGUAAAUA